CGAAGCUCUGCGUUAUGGUGUUUUGUUGACCUCUUGUUUGGACAAUUAGCCUGUUGUCGUUGCUUCUGCUGUUGCUGCUGCCGCCGCCCAUCUUUCAGGUCCUCUUAUACGGGCAGGCGUCUCGCCCAACAUCGACAUCAUGGCAUCAGGCGUUUUGCUCGGCCCUCUCACGACAACAUGGACGAUGCCACAGACGUGCUCGGUGUUUAUGCCGGCGUGUUCAACAUGCGACCAAGGGUUUAAUGGGCAGUCCUGCAACCCUACAAAUAGCGGCCGAAUACAGGAUAAUACGGCAUGUUGGCCGCCAGCCACCCAAGGAGUCUCGUCGCCGUCAUGGCCCUUUUAUGGCUGGGGAUUCUAUUCUCCCGGAUUGGCUUGUCCUGCGGGAUACACGAGUGCUUGCACGGCGGUUUACGGGCAAAGGGCGACAUGGGCGACUCAAUUCACUUUGGUGCCGUCAGAGACUGCUGUCGGCUGCUGCCCGACAGGAUUCACAUGUAAUACUCAGGGCGACAACACAUGUAUGCAAACAAUAACACAAUCGACGACUUUCCCAACUGCGUACUGUUCCGACACCGACCUCGCCAGCUACGCAAUCGCAACAUUUCCUACUAUUACCACAGUGACGACAACCGAGACAGGCACGGGAACUACCGACGUAGAGUCUUCGACUUCUACGCGCACAAUGGUCCUAUACGCCCCGAUGUUCCAGCUCAACUUCCACUCAAGCGACUUGGCAACUUCGACAACCACGUCGUCCACUGCAUCAUCUACAGCUUCCGAAACGGGCAGCGGUAACGGUACCUCGUCAAAAUCAUCGGGAGGGCUAUCCGACGGGGCCAAGAUCGGAUUGGGCGUCGGCAUCGGCCUCGGCGUGGCUUUUCUGCUGGCGUUUGGUGCGUUCAUCUACUACUACCGACGCUCAAGGCACAACGCGAUGCCCAUUGGAAGUGAGCUCCCGAACAAUCAAAUCUCCGUUGAAGACCCAACUCCAAAGACUCCAAACAUUAAACAGUCGCCUGGUCAGGUUUACGAAAUGGGCGAGUAUCAUGCGCCUGCGGAAUUACCUGGUAAUCCCAUAGAGGGUGGCUACCAAGACAGUCCCAGAGGCAGCGAUGCUCAUAGAUAUGCCUGAUCAAGUGGGAGAAAAAGUAUGUAUUAAUGGUGUAAUGAUGGAUUUUUUUUUUUUUUUUUUUUUUUUUU